UAAUGCCAUGGAUGGGGGGGCUCAGCAGAGCAGCCUCCGGGAGCCCCCCGGGCCGGGCAGCGCGGAGCAGGAAGAGCGGGAUGGGGGCGAGGGACCCCCCGAGCUCAAGCGCUCCCAGCCCCUCUUCAUCCAUGGCAGCAGCCGGCAGCCUCUGGAAGAGGAGCCGCGGGCCUCGUCGCUCCCCAGCAUUCCCAACCCCUUCCCCGAGCUCUGCAGCCCCUCCAACUCCCCCAUCCUCAGCAGCCCGGCCCUGGGACAGGGCCCCCCCCGCGAAGGAGCCUUGCACGUGGUGAAGGUGUUCGGGGAGGACGGCGCCUGCCGCUCGCUGGAGGCGGCAGCGGGGACCACAGCGCGGCAGCUCUGCGAGACGCUGGUGCGGAGGACGCGGGCGCUGCAGGACCACAGCUGGGCUCUGGUUGAGCUGCACCAGCACCUGGGCCUGGAGCGGUGCCUGGAGGACCACGAGUUGGUGCUGGAGGUGCAGAGCUCUUGGCCCCCUGGCGCUGACGCCCGCUUCGUCUUCCGCAAGAACUUCGCCAAGUACGAGCUCUUCAAGAGCCCCGCGCAGUCCCUGUUCCCCGAGGUGAUGGUGUCCAGCUGCCUGGAGGCGAACAAGAGCAUGGCACACUCCGAGCUCAUCCAGAACUUCCUCAACUCCGGGAGCUGCCCCGAGGUCCAGGGCUUCCUGCAGCUGCGGGAGCCGGGCCGCAAGGUCUGGAAGCGGUUCUACUUCUCGCUGCGCCGCUCGGGGCUCUAUUACUCCACCAAAGGCACCUCCAAGGACCCCCGGCACCUCCAGUACUUCGCUGACCUCUCCGAGUCCAACAUCUACUACGUGACGCAGGGCAAGAAGCACUACGGGACACCCACUGAGUUUGGCUUCUGCAUCAAGCCCUACAAGGUGCGGAGUGGGGUGAAGGGCCUGAAGCUGCUCUGCAGUGAGGAUGAGCAGAGCCGGAGCUGCUGGAUGGCGGCUUUCCGCCUCUUCAAGUAUGGCAUGCAGCUCUACCGCAACUACCAGCAAGCCCAGGCGCGGCUGAGCCAGCCCCACUGGAUCGGCCCCACGCCCCUGCGGAGCGUCUCGGACAACGCGCUCGUGGCCAUGGACUUCUCGGGGUGCACGGGCCGGGUGAUCGAGAACCCCAGCGAGGUGCUGAGCGUGGCCCUGGAGGAGGCGCAGGCCUGGAGGAAGAAGACGACGCACCGGUACAGCCUGCCGGCAGCGUGCCACAGCUCCCCGCUCAGCGCCGCGAUCCAUCGCACCCAGCCCUGGUUCCAUGGGCGCAUCUCCCGGGAGGACACGCAGCAGCUCAUCGGCCGGCAGGGCUUGGUGGAUGGCGUGUUCCUGGUGCGGGAGAGCCAGCGCAACCCCAAGGGCUUCGUCCUGUCCCUGUGCCACCUGCAGCGGGUCAAGCACUAUCUCAUCCUGCCGAGCGAAGAGGAGGGGCGGCUUUACUUCACCAUGGACGACGGGCAGACGCGCUUCGCCGACCUCAUCCAGCUCGUGGAGUUCCACCAGAUCAACCGCGGCAUCCUGCCCUGCAAGCUGCGGCACUACUGCACCUGCGUGGCCCUCUGAGCCCGGCACCGGCGCAGCACCAGCACAGC